AAAAAUCAAAGUCAGCUUCACUCCGCCGUGUCCAUUCUCCGAUAAGGUGUUUUAGAUUCUUCUUCGUCUCUCUUCAAGCGAUCAAAACCCUAAUUCAACCCAAUUCGAUUUCCACAUGGGUGAACCUCAACCCCAAUCACCCAAACCCGAAAACCCUAAUCCAAUCCCACCGCAAAGCAACGACUCCUCCUCCUCCUCCGCCUCCGUUCCCGGCUCAACCACCAUCGAAGCCCCGAGAAUCACCGAGCUAAGCAAUGUAUCCUCCCCUCCUUCCAAAAUCCCACUCCGUCCUCGAAAAAUCAGAAAGCUUUCUCCCAACAACGACGCGGUGACGUCAUCGAGACCUUCAGCGAAGGGCAAACCAUCGCAGCCACCGAGGAUCCACGCAAAGUCUCUAACUUGCGAGGGAGAGCUCGAAGCGGCGAUAACCCACCUCCGUAGCGUCGAUCCUCUGCUAGCGUCGUUGAUCGACGCACACCCACCGCCAAAGUACGAGUCUUUCAACACUCCCUUCUUGGCUCUGAUACGAAGCAUUCUCUACCAGCAGCUAGCUGCUAAAGCGGGGAACUCAAUCUACACACGCUUCGUUUCCCUCUGCGGAGGCGAAAACGGCGUCGCUCCGGAGAAUGUCUUGCCUUUGACGCCUCAGGAGCUUCGUCAGAUUGGUGUCUCUGGGAGGAAGGCGAGUUACCUCCACGAUCUUGCGAGGAAGUAUCAAAACGGGAUCUUGUCGGAUUCUGGGAUAUUGAACAUGGAUGAUAAGUCUCUGUUCACGAUGCUGACGAUGGUUAACGGGAUCGGGUCGUGGUCGGUUCAUAUGUUUAUGAUGAACUCGCUUCAUAGACCUGAUGUGUUGCCUGUUAACGAUCUCGGUGUGAGGAAAGGUGUGCAGAUGCUUUAUGACUUGCCGGAGUUGCCUCGUCCUUCGCAGAUGGAGGGUCUUUGCGAGAAGUGGCGUCCGUAUAGGUCUGUUGGGUCGUGGUACAUGUGGCGGCUUAUUGAAGCUAAAGGGACUCCGUCUAAUGCUGGGGCGGUGAGUUCAGGAGCUGAUUUGGCGUUUCCACAGUUGGAAGACAUGCAACAGCAACAACAGUCACAGCUUCUGGACCCUCUUAGUGUGUUCAGUAUCGGGGCAUGGGGCCAAACUUAGCUGGCUUCCCACCAUAAGUUGGUGUCGUCCAUGGCGUUAGAGGGAUUCUGGUCCGGUCUUCAGAUACUGUCAGAUGAAAAGGUCGAGUCUGCUGUGAAGAAAUACGAAUAAAGCAGGAACUUUCUAGGUUGGGUUUCUUAAGACACAAAACUGAAAGACUAUGCAGCAGAAACCCUCUUAGUAUGUAAGAUAUAGUUUAGCUGAUGAACUUUGAUUUUCUCUUGUUGGAGACUUAAAAUUGCUGUUUAAAAAAACUCAUAAUUCAUGUAAAACAGAGUCAAAUCUUUCAUUUUCUCAUUGCUUAACCAGUUGUUUUGCGGGCAUAA